UGUUGAGCAAAAUGAAGGUCUACACAUUAUAAUGUUGGAGAGAGAUCUGGAGAUGAUGCUGUAGAAGUCACUGUGGCCCAAACUUCACAUAGGAAAUCUGAGAUUCAGAGCAACUUAAAUUUUGGCUGUAAUCCUCGAUCAUGGGGUGAUCCAGAAAUAAACUCCAGACUUCAAAGACAGAGAGAGUUAGAGCUGCUCUGCAGAUUAUCAACACACAGAGACGGGAGAGAGAUGCAUCCAAAGAGGAAUGCAGUUUUAUGAAUUAGGAAUUCUCCGAGGAACAUAACUGUGAGCAAACUUGCUACGGAAAACACAAGGUUUUCUAUUUUACCUGAUUUCGCGGGAAAGCAGAAGAUGACGACACAGAUUACUGUGCCAAGAAAUCCUCAAGCAGGAACGAUAGGACAUGAUGACUAUAGUCUGUACAGUAGCAUGAGUGAAGAUGAGCUCAUUCAGAUGGCCAUAGAACAAAGUCUGAAUGAAGAUCACACAGAGCAGGUAGCUGCACAGAAGAACAUUGUAGCAGCCCCAAGAAACCAAGUUAUUGCAAAUCCAUCUUGUAAUCAUAAUCCACCAUUUCCAAUUUAUCCUUGGCAAAGGCAGGCUGCGCAGUCCGGAAGCCAGCCUCAAGCUUCCAGCUCCGGGUCAUCUCAAGGGGUAAGACGGAGGUAUAACGGCACCUUGUUCUCUUCACCCCAGCAGGAAGUGGUAGAUCCUCUAGUGACAGCAAUCAAGGCAGGAGAUGAAAAAGCCUUGUGUGAUAUGAUACAAUCAGGAAGAAAUCUGGCACAGCCUAACAAAGAUGGAUGGUUGCCACUCCAUGAAGCUGCUUACUAUGGGCAAGCAUGUUGCUUGAAAUUGCUACAUAAAUCUUACCCUGGGACAAUUGAUCAGCGGACACUCCAGGAGGAAACAGCACUCUACAUAGCAACAAACAGAGGAUAUAUUGAUUGCAUGCGUGUAUUGUUGCAGGCAGGAGCAGAACCUGAUAUUGCAAACAAAUCUAGGGAGACACCACUUUAUAAAGCUUGUGAACGCAAAAAUGCUGAAGCCGUCCAGGUGCUAUUGCAGUAUAAUGCUGAUGCAAAUCACCGUUGCAAUCGGGGAUGGACUGCUCUCCAUGAAGCUGUUGCUAGAAAUGAUUUGGACAUAAUAGAACAUUUGGUCAAAGCUGGCGUCAAGAUUGAUGCUGCAAAUUGUUAUGGAAUCACCUCUUUAUUUGUGGCAGCUGAGAGCGGUCACUUAGAAGCUUUGAGAUACCUUGCCAAGUGUGGUGCUGAUAUUAAUACCCAAGCCAGUGACAAAGCCUCUGCACUCUACGAAGCUGCUAAAAAUGGUCAUGAGAACAUUGUGGAGUUUCUCUUGUCCCAGGGUGCUGAUGCUAACAAAGCCAAUAAGAAUGGGUUAUUACCUAUUCACAUGGCCUCUAAAAAAGGCUAUUAUAACAUUCUGAAAAUGCUUCUCCCCGUAACUAGCCGUACUCGAAUCAAGCGUAGUGGCAUCAGUCCUUUGCAUUUGGCAGCUGAAAGCAACCGUGAUGAUGUCUUGGAAGAACUGAUUGAGGCUGGUUUUGAUGUGAAUGCCAUUCUCUCAGAGGAACGUUCUCGACUUUAUGAAGACCGGCGCACCAGUGUCCUCUACUUUUCAGUUAUUAACAACAAUGUCUAUGCUGCUGAACUGCUUCUGGAGGCUGGGGCCAACCCCAAUGUUGACCUCAUCAACCCACUGCUCAUAUCCAUUCGCCAUGGCUGCUUAAAGACAAUGAAGCUGCUUCUUGAUUAUGGAGCCAACAUUGAUGCCUACAUCGCCUCCCACCCUACUACGUUUCCCGCUACCAUCAUGUUUUCAAUGAAGUAUCUUGCACUGUUGAAAUAUCUGAUGGAUUUGGGAUGUGAUGCCUACUCCUGUUUUAAGUGUCAGUAUGGGUGCGGUCCACAUCCUCCCAUUGAAACUAGGAGGGACAGGUUUAAUGAUGAACCCCAAGUAAAUAAAGAGCAAAGAAAUGUACAGUUUUGUGAAAUGGUUUCAGCUCCAGAGAUAAGUCGUUGGGCAGGACCAAUUAUUGAUGUUCUUUUAGAUUACGUGGGCAACGUGCAACUUUGUUCCAGGCUGAAGGAGCAUAUCGACAGUUAUGAAGGAUGGUCUAACAUUAAAAUCAAAGCAGAACCACCGAGGCCACUUGUUCACCUCUGCCGCAUCAAAAUUAGAAGUUUGAUUGGGAAAAACCGUAUUUCUCUUAUUGACUCCUUGCCUCUCCCAGGAAGAUUAAUUCGUUAUUUACAAUAUGAUAAUCGUCAGUGACCUCAGAUACACCUGACAAUCAGUUGCAAGAAGAAGUAUAUGUAUGGCAAAACACAGUCACAUGAUGGAGUCAGAUUGAUGUAUUGAAAGCAAGAUUUUGCUUUGCCUUGUAAGGGGGGGAAAGGAUGUUUGCACAGAAUGAUCUGAUCCAACAGUGUUAAAUGUAUGGAUAACUGGUGAGAAAAGUCAGGUUAAAGGAUUCCAGGAGCAAAUGGCCAAAGAGUUUGUAUGCUGUUUUUCAGAGAAAUUCACUUGGAGUUGGUGGCCACAUCAGUAUUAUAUUGUGCAAGGAGGAGAAAGUGAAAGAGCACAUGGGAAAAGUUCACAAAGGCAAUCACAAUUAUCUCCAAAUAUGCACUCACACAGAUAAAUUUAGCAUGUGAGCCCAAUGAUUAUACUGUUUCAUUUUCACAGUGACAUUUCUCUUCCUCUCCACUUGCAGCAUUCACAAGAUUGGCUGCCAGUCCUGUUUGCAGUCUGAUAGUUCACACGUUAUGUUGGUCUGUUUGACUGGCUGCCAUCUGGGGUAAGCAGAAAUACUCACAUAGUUGAGAGAUAUAUUUUAUGAAUGGUUGCAUAUCCAAAAUCAUCUUGAUCUCAAGCAAAGAUCUAAAAUACAAUAAAGCCCACAAUAGUUGAAUGGGUGAAGAUGAAUUUAACACAGUUUUCACAGUAGUGUGAUACAACUUUCUAGCUAUUUUUGUCUCAUUUACUUUUUUUCUUCUACUUUAGCUGAUCUUUCUCAUGAUGUUGAUAUUCUCAAUGAACAACAUCCUGGGCCUUUAACAACUUUUGUUCUUGCUCCCACAUAACUCAUAUGUUAAAGAGUUGGUGCUGUAAAGAAUUAUUGGCCCAUUUUGUCAUGUUAACAAAGUCCAUUGAGCUAGAGGUGGUGCAUUUUCAGAUUAGCACAAGGAUUAAUUCCAGUACGGUUUUUAAUUGUCCAGGAACUUGUGUAAAAUGGUUGCACAAACAUUUGCACAACUGCUUACCAAAGAUGUAAUUCAAUGCAACUGUACUAGCACGGAUUUCCAUGCGAUCCUGAUAAUGCUGAAGCCAAUGGUGUUUAAUCCUAUUCUAUCAGUAGUGGAGGAAAGAGUAGAUUCCGGUUCUCCAUUGCUUCAGGAAGACGUCACACAAAAUGUAUAGAGCUGUUGUUGCUGGAAAUUGGGUAGUGUGCUUUUGCACAACUGUCAGCAAACAGUAGUCUAGCUUCUGAUCAAGUAGUUUAUCUUAAUUUGAUUUUGAGUUUGAAAUCCUUAGAAGUAAUUGAAAUGAUGCCUAAAUAAUUCAACCAAUGUACAGUUUAUAUGUGCUAAAUAGUGGCUAAAUAAUAGUAAAAUUACUCAAAAAUGAAACCAUAGUUUCAUUGGGAUGCAUUUAAAUGAGCUAAUAGUGACUCCACACAAAGUCACUGAUGCCAAAUUUAUUUUUAGCGAGGCCUGUGGUUAAAACUGAUUGAUAUACUGUUCAUGUUGAACAUUUCCAUUUGAUGUUUUAUGUCUUUCCUACUCUCAUUAUAAUAUAUAUUGGCUAAUAGAUCUUUGAUGUACAUAAAAGUUGCCUUAUGUAGAUUGAGCGUUGGCAAGGUUUUGUUUGUUUUAGAAAAGUGACAAUAGCAAUUACCCUGACUCUAAAAUCAACUUCCCAAAUAGAACCAAGCAAACCAAUACAGUUCAUCAUAUACAUCUCAGCAAUGUCCGGUGGAGAUGCACACAUAGUAAGAUAUCUUUUGUAUAAAGGUCUCUAAACUUUCAACAUUGUGGGGGUUUUGUGAGUUUUCCAGGCUAUAUGGUCAUGUUCCAGAAGCAUUCUGUCCUCAAAGGAUGCCUGCCAUAGAUGUGGGUGAAACAUCAGGAGAGAAUGCUUCUGGAACAUGGCCAUACAGCCUGGAAAACUCACAACAACCCUGUUAUUCCGGCCAUGAAAGCCUUUGACAACACUUUAAACAUUGCAACGUAGAGCUGGAAUAUAAUAAGUAACAGAGCAGUUUUUGCUGUUUGGUGAAAUAAAAUAUUACAGAAAAUUUUCAAGGUUGCAAGUUUACACUAAACUUAUUUUGUGGGGAAAAUGUUCUGAUUGUGAAUGGAAUUAUACUAUUCAUGGCUCACAUUAUAUAGAACUUGGAACAGGAUUUUCUAAACGGACAGAAUUACUUUUCUUUUCUUGAAAACUUUGAAGGAAAAACAGCAUGGAAAAGGAUUUUGUAACUUUUUUUUCCAUUUUCCAUGCAGCAUAUUCAUAUGUCCAUAAACUAUGAACAACAUCAAUUAGGUGCUCAAUCUGCUCUGCAGAAAAAACAUAACACAACCCUCAAGAGAUUAUGUACAUAAAGAGAAGAAGAAAUGGUCCGCUGAAAAGUUCCCUGGGCAAUAGAGCUUUAACUUGAAGCUGCCAUCCUUCCUAUACAGUUGGUUUACAUUUAUUUGCACAUAGCGCAUGCUACCUCUCACACAUUUCUUCAUCCUAGUAAUUUAAUUAUACGUAAAGAAAUAUUUUCAUGCAUAGAUCAUUUGGAUCUCCUUUGCAAAAAGUUACUGGAUUAGGAAAAACAAGACUGCUUGAGCAAUGCAUUAUAUAUGUACAAUUGUAUAUGUAAAACUCAUAUCUCCACAAAGCAGUCUGCUCUGGGGGAAAACAAGCACUGUAAUGAGUAUAUGGCCUUCUAUUGCUCCAGUGAUUUUCUAGGAAACUUGAGUUUUUACAAAAUUAUUUCACCAGUUAUACCAAAUCUGUAUAAACUGUUGUUUUAUAAAUAGUCAAUGCAUCUGUAUAAAACUGGUUGUAAAUUUGAAAUAUGGAACUGUUAGGAACUGUUUAUUACAAGUCCAGCAGCCCCAUUAUAUGGCGUGCAGGCAUAGAUUAACAGAUGAUGAUGCUAGAAAAUUUCUUAUUAUCCUGUAUCAGUUAUUCAAGGAAUAUUCUAUUUUUUCCAUAUUAUUUUAGCAUUCUGGUUGAUUUUUUAAUUUCAUAUGUGUGUGUACAAUCCAUUUAAUGUAAUGAGGCACUUUUGAAGCUUUGGUUUUGUUACAGCUUUUUCUAAUGAUUGUACUUGAUCACAGGAAAGGAUGUGUGUGUGUGUGUGCAAUAUUGAUAAAAGUAUUAUAUUUUAGGGUUUAUUGUUUGCAUUAAAUUUGAGUAAAAUUGU